UAAUAAAAGAAGAAGAAGAAGAGUGAGGUAGACGCAACUCCAGUUAACACCGUACUCGUGUUAAUAACUCGAGAUGAUACAUCACUAAUACUGUUUUUUUUUUUGACAUUGACAAUUUGACGUAUCAAAGCAAUAUCAAAGUGCACGUGCGUGGUGUUAAAGUUGGAGUUUUGGUAUAUUAAAAUUUUUAUAUAAAUGUUAAGAAGAAGAAGAAUUUUAAAAUGAAAUUUAAGAAAAGUAAAGGCAAUAAAACCACAUUAUCCGAUAAAAUUGCGGAUGCUCUGACUUUGAAACCGCGUGCUGAUAUUGAAGAUGACCAAGUGUUUGGAACUAAACCAAAAACUGUUUUGCGCGCUGAUUUCAGCACUUCAGACAGUGAGGAUGAAGCCGCUAUUAGUGAGUUUCGUAAGAGGAAUGUUAAUCUUUUAAGUGAAGUUAGUAAAAAAUAUGAAGGUCAAGUGGUUUCUCGGAAAGACUUGAAAAAAACUACGUAUGAAAGUUCAGACGAAAGUGUUUUAGAAAGUGAUCAGAGUAGAUUGGAAAACACUGAAAAUGAUGACUCUGAAUAUUCUGACAGUUCAGAAUCCAUAACAAAAAACGAUUUGAAACUCAAUUUUAAAUCCAAAAUAAAGUCUCACUCUGAAAAUGAUUCUGACAGUAAUGUAGAAAGUGAUGAUUAUAGUAUCAAUCAGUUUAAAAAACACUUGGAAAACGAUGAUGAUUCUAAUGAAGAAAGUGAUGCAUAUGAUGAGGAGGAAGAAGAAGGGGAAGGUUACGACAUCAGUCAACUGGAACAACCUCUCAAAGAAGACUUUGAGCAUGUGAAAAAGCAAAAUGUUCCUGAAGAAGCUAAAAAAGGCAAAUGUGUUAGAAAUCAGUUAUUGCUAUGGGAGGGAUUGCUUGAAAUGAGGAUUCAUCUUCAGAGAUGUUUGAAUACAGCAAAUCAAAUGCCCAUGCCUGAUACACAUAGUGAAAUGAAGCAAAACAGUGAAUUUUUAAAUGAAUGUAACGCUACAAAAGUUAAUAUUACCAAGACAUUGGAUAAGUUCUUAUCUAUUCAAAACAUAUUGUUUAAAAAAUUUCCGGAGACCAAAAAUUUGUCUGUAAAGCAAAAUCAACAUGAAUUAGAAAAGUCGACUAGUAAAGGAAGUGAUGAAGAAAUACCUAGUGACAGCGAUAAUGAAGAGAUACCUUCGGAUACGGAAGAUGACGUAGAAGAUAUAGUUAAAGAAGAACAACCUAAAAAGGAAGAGAAAUCACAAACAGUAUCUAAGAAAAGAAAAUUAGAAGACUAUGAAAAGGAAAUAUCAUUAGCACAUAAAGCCUUCAAACCAUUUAGAGAUACAACAAUCCAGAAAUGGAAUGAGAAAACACGUCUUGCUACCACAACAAACAUGAAAUCUACAAUACCAACAAAUACAAUUUUACAACAAAUAUCAUAUAUUCUGUCAGAUAAAGAUAAAUUACUGAGGAGAACUCAAUUAAAACGAUCAGAAUAUGAUAUUGUAGGAUAUAAGAGUAAAAUUGAUGAUAGCGAAGCGUUAUGCGGUAAUGGCAAUGUGAUAAGAGACAGAAAAGACAAUGAUGAAUAUAUUCCAGAGAUAUUUGAUGAUAGUGACUUCUACCAUCAGCUUCUUAGAGAGUUAAUAGAAUGCAAAUCAGCUGAUAUUUCUGAUCCAGUGCAGUUGAGCCGCCAAUGGAUAGCAUUACAACAAAUGAGAAGUAAAAUGAAAAGAAAAGUUGAUACUAAAGCAACCAAAGGUAGAAAAAUAAAGUAUGUUGUGCACAACCAAUUAGUGAAUUAUAUGGCUCAAGAGAAGUCUACAACUUGGAAUGAUGAAAGCACUAACGAAUUGUAUAGUUCAUUAUUUGGUAAAAUGUUUGAAAGUAAUAAUGUAGGUGUAAAUGAAAAUCUUAGCAGUGUCUUUAAAAUAAAAAAUUAAAUAUAAAUUGUCAGUUUACUAUUUCCUAGCAUGAAUGUUUAAUCACAAGUGUUAUAAUAAUAGUUUAAUAUAGAAAAAAUUAAAUUUUAUAUAUGUUGAUAGCGUUGGCUAGAAAGCAAACACAUAGUAACCCGCAAAAACAAAAUUGAUCUUCAGAGCAGAAAAGGUUUU